AUGAGUGCACGGUACGGCACUGCUGGCUCUAGCGGGGUACUUGACACGCCGUCCGCUACCUGCCGCAGGCGAGAGGCGGACGCAGCGACGGCUGCCUGGUUCUACGAGCUUAGGAGGGAGGUGGAGGAAGCCGGGGACGCCGCGGUAAAUCGUUCUCGAGCGCCACUGUUUGAGAAGGCCCACCGCCCGCACGUGUUUACCGCAGAGGAGCGGCGGCGCAUGGAUUGCUAUGAGAGCAUUGAUUACGCCGAGGGUCAAUCCCUCGUUCACCGCGUCAGUACUACUCGCCAAAGUCAGACGGACACGCAAGGGUGGCUGCGUCUGGCGAUGUUUAUCUUGAUCGGCCUCGCCGUUGGCGGCUGGUCCCUUCUGCUGCUUCAGACACUAGACUACCUUGCGGAGGUGAAGCUGAAUGCGGUGCAGGGGGUGGUGCGCAGCCGCAACAGUACUUAUUCGCUGUUUAACGAGUCUAGCUUCUACAUGUCGUCGCUGCGGAGCUCUGGAAACAAGAGCGGUGACGACGGCAGCACUGCGAUAGUGCUGCGCACGAUAUCGUGGUCAGCGCUGCUACGCGGAUGGAUGCUGUACACGAUGUGGGGCAUGCUGAUGGCGCUUCUGUCGUCUCUCUGCUGCCUUGUCAUGCCGAGCGCCGCUGGCAGCGGUAUCCCGGAUGUUAUGGCGUACCUCAACGGCGUCAUGUUCCCGCGCAUCUUCAACGUUCGGAAUCUGGUGAUCAAGUCGCUCUCGUGCAUCCUCGCAGUGAGUGCCGGUUUGCCAGUGGGAAUAGAGGGGCCUAUGAUUCACAUGGGGUCGCUUAUUGGAGCCGGUCUCCCCACCGGCCGCAGCCGCUCUCUGAGGUGCAGCGCCACUUCCUUCUUUGAUCAAUUUCGAAAUCCGCGCGAUGGGCGUGACUUCAUCUCCGCCGGCGCCGCUUGUGGCUUGACGAGCGCCUUUUCGAGCCCUCUGGGCGGGAUGUUGUUUGUCAUGGAGGAGAUGGCGACUCAUUUCUCUGUACGUUUGGCGUGGCUCGUGUUUCUCUCCUGUCUCUCGUGCAUGUGGAUCAUUCAGUCGUGCAACUCCUUUCUCUCCGGCUGGCAUUUCCUCGAUCGAUCCGCCAUGGCAUUCGGUAACCUGCGUGAGGCCUCCAUCGCGAUGUUCUACAUCGACACCGUGCCAGAGAACACGGUCCCCUUGUACACGUACACGUUCAUUCCUACGGUGACGGUGGCAGUGUUGUCUGGCCUCUUGGCAGUGGCUUACACGAUCAGCAGCAUCUGCUUCUCCCGUUGGCGCUCGCGCUACCUCUUCCCCACAGCGCUGUACCGCGUGCUGGAGCCGUGCGUAUUCGCAUCUCUCUUUGCCACAGCCUGCUACGUGUUGCCCCUCUUCACACCAUGCGUGCCGACCCCACAGCCGACGCGCGAGAAGAAAGAGGCCCUACACGUGGAGCUCUUCACCGCGUUCUGCGCGCAGCCGGAAACAACCCAUCACCCGCUCGCCACCCUCACCAUGACUAGCCCUUACAACCUGCUGCGCCUCUUGUUCUCGCGCCACUCCGCGGGGCUCUUUCCUGCUUGGUCACUUCUCCUGCAUCUCUCGAUUUACAUGGUUGGUUCCAGCUACGCUGGCGGCAUGUUCAUCUCCUGCGGCACCGUAAUCCCGUCGCUGCUCAUCGGCGCUGUCGAGGGGCGCCUUAUCGGGGUUCUCUUUCAGCGCCCGGUGUGGGCGGACGAGGGCGUGGUUGCCCUUAUCGGGGCUGCCGCAUACUUUGCCGGCAUCUCCCGCCUUACCUUCGCCCUUGUCGUCGUCGUGAUGGAGUUGACGGCGGAUGUGUCGCACAUUACGUGUCUCAUGCUCGGUAUCCUGCUCGCUAAGGGCAUCGCGGACAAGUGCUGCCAUUCCUUUUACCAUGCCUCGUUGGAGGUGAAGGCAGUCCCCUUCCUUGAGGCCCAGGCGAGCAUGCACCUACUUGACACAUACACCGCCCGCGACAUCAUGACGACCCCGGUUAAAGUACUGGAGACGAUGGACACGGUUCUGCACGUGCUCGAGGCGCUGACCAUGACACGGCACAAUGCCUUUCCUGUCGUGCGAGUCGGUGAGGCGGACCAAACCUACGAGGGCAUGAUUACGCGCGCACAGCUUCAGCUGCUACUCUGGGUCGUGUAUCUGCGCCAGAUAGAUGAUGUCGCAGAGGUACUCGUCGACAAUGAAGGUAAUGCCAAUGACGAGGCAGACAGCGUUGACGGCGCGACCGAUGCGCGGAGCGGGUCGGCAUCGGAGCAGGCCAGUUCUGAGAGCCUCAUUCAAUCCCACGUCACAGCAGCUGACCUGAAACGUGUGCACGAGUUUGUUUUCUGGAACCGCCUGCCGAGCAUUCCCAUGAUGGAGUACCUGCCACUGUCUACCAUUCGCUCGUACAUAGACCUUCGUCCGUACGUGGACAGCAGCGCACCGUACGUGCAGCAAGGCGUUUGCGUCUCCAGGGCGUACUACACCUUUCGCCACUUGGGACUCCGCCACCUGCCGGUGCUUGAUCGAAGACAGCAGGUGGCUGGGAUACUCACCAGGGUGAGCUUUGUGGGCGACCGACUCAUGGAGAAGGUUGGUGCACGAGCCGCUGGCGACUUUGUGGACACCGAGUGGAGAAGGUGA